AUGCCAGUGCAAUGGGUUUAUCAAGCAGGAACCAAUUGGGUCCCCUUUGACCCUCAAGCCAAUGCAUCUAUUGAAAGCAUUUGGCGAUCAGGAACAGCAGCUCAAGUCUAUGUUGCAUCAAUGCAAGGUGUUGUUCUCGUCAAUGGCCCCGGCCUUUACGCUCAACGAUGCUACACCCGGAUCCCAAUAGCAAGAACAGGAUCAUAA